AAAUUCCCCACCCAACACAUCAGCAAGCCAAUAGCAGACAACCAGAAACGAAGCUAAUUUUAAAAGUGAAACUAAAAAUCAGUUUGUCCUCUUCUUUCAUUCUUCCAGCACUGAAGGAGACUAGAAACAACAAGGAACCAUGCGAGGUUAUUAUUAUGGCAAAAUAAUGAUGGUUGAAACUACUGGGGCUUCUCUAGGAGUUGCAAGAGCAGAAGGCCUGAGUUAUGGUGGAGUCCAGGCUUCAGAAACUAUUGCAGCCAAAGACCUAAAAAAUAUGGAGAAAUACAAAACAACAAUUAAGAGUGUCAGUGAAAGCACAGGAAUGGAUGAAGCUGUGAUCGCAGGUAUAAUCUCUCGAGAAUCUCAUGCUGGAAUCAUCCUGGACAACGGUUGGGGUGACCACGGAAACGGAUUUGGCUUGAUGCAGGUUGAUAAAAGAUGGCACAAAAUAGAAGGCACAUGGGAUAGUAAGGCACAUAUUACCCAAGGUGCCAACAUUCUGUGUGACAUGAUAGAUGGUGUUGCUAAGAAGUUUCCACAGUGGACCAAGGAACAGCAGCUCAAAGGUGGAAUUUCAGCCUAUAAUGCAGGACUUUCUAAUGUCCGCACCUAUGAUGGAAUGGAUAUUGGCACAACAGGGAAUGAUUAUGCCAAUGAUGUUGCUGCCAGAGCCCAGUUUUUCAAGAGACAUGGAUUCUAAUAAUGGUUUUAAUCGCCUGUUUGGCUACUUUUAAGUAGUUAUUUACAACAAACUCCUUUAGUAAAACUUAAUUUUUAUGUUAUCUAUAAAAACAUAAUUCUGUUUGCUUGAAGAGAUUCAUAAUGUUUGGUAAGAUUAAUGACAGACCAAGUUGUGAAGCAGGAAUCCUGGUGAAAAUCUUGCCUCUACUUCCACUCACAAGCCAAUAACCUUUCUGUGCACUCCUAUUUCUAAGGAUUGUUGCAGCAACAUACACAACAUGCAUUCAAGUUUGUUUCAUCCACUAGGCUAAAUAGGACAGAAAGAGAGAGUAUGGAAAGAUGACCCAGACUGUCAAAACUUUGAAUUGUUUUUUGUCACUAGGCAGAUCACUUGGCAUUCUUACUGUACUGGAGGAAAAACAUAUUGUCUGUUUAAAAGAAUGUGCACGUUUGUGUUUGCAAACUACCAUUUUUGUGCUUGCAAUUAAUCCACAAACUGAAUAUCCAUUCUGAAGUAAUUUGCCAUAUCUGACUGACUGACAGAACAAUUCAAGUAAUAUUGCCUCUAUAAACCCAGGUUUCUGAAGGAAAGGCCAACAGUUUGGCACACCAGCCUUGUCCUGAAUUCAUCUAUAGACUUAGAAGGCAGUCUUAAGACUUUGUGUACUUUGCCCAUGCUCUUGGAAUGUUACCUUUCACCUCUUUCCUGGAAUACACAUUGUGUUAGAGCUAAAGGUAAACAUCUGUCUCCCUGUUCUGCACGCUUGUAGUAAAUGAUUGUGUAAAGAAAAGCGUAUAAAAUAAACGACCACUGUCAGAAAGACAGAGACCGGUGCGUAGAACCUCAACCCUAUGUUAUGAUUCCUUCAGGUUUCAUUUCUGCUUAUUCCUUCUAUACAUUUGUCCAUUCCUUUCAAAAGCCACCUAUUCUAAUGUGUUUCAACAUCACAGGGUAAUGAAUCUUUAACAUCAGUUAACAAAAUUAUGCAAAGUACUUUCCUCUGUCUGCUUUAAAUGUCAUUUAACUAGACGAGCCAGAGAUCUAACGCUGGAAAGAAUUAGUUUAUAUGACAGAAUUCUGUAACUACUACCCUGUCUAUAUACACCUGCUUUUCUCUGACUUAAGAGGACAACUAAUUAAAAAAAGAUACUCCAGUGCCUAACCCAUGGCCCUUUUAGAGCAUCUUAGACUAUGAUGCUUGUUUUCAUUUAGUCUUUUUCAAUAAUGUUUUACUUUUCUGUAUUGCUGAUGAUUUCAGCAGUUUCAUAACACCACAGUUUCAUUGCUGAGUCAUUACAGAUAUUUUACAGCAGCAACACCAUGGUUAUGACUUUUACCCCCCGCCAAAAAAAAAUUACAGAUGGAAAUUCAUCUGCUAUUUGAAAAUCCUUUGAUGAACUUCUUGCUGCGUUUGAAAAUGGAGUGAAUACCAACAAUUGUCUUUAAAACAAACUCUUUACAUGCACUGAAACAAAAUACUCACAAACCACCAGCAGCUAACUGUUCAUGAGAACUUGGGGGUUCUUCAAAAAUCUAUAUGAAUAUGAAUUGUUUAGCAAGAAGACAAGCAUCUUCGAAAGGAAGUUUGUGAAUUUAUUUCAAAUUUGAUUUCCACCUUUCUUCUAAUGGGCUUUAAGAAGGACAAAAGAGAAUAUCCAAUUGGAUGCAGACCAGUAAGAAUACUUAUAUCUUGAAAGUACUAACGUAUCAUUUAAUCUACUCUAAUAAACCCUUAACCCUCCACCACACUCAAAUUUUCCAAGGAGCCAUCCAAAACCAUAACUGAAAAACCCUACCAAGUAACACUGACUUGCAUCUCUUUAGAGAGGUCUAUAAUGAAGGUCUUCCAGACUAUUCCGUAACAUAACCUGUCAAGCAUUCUAUUUCUAAGUACUGGUUCAUCCAUACUUUCCUUUCUUCCCUUCUGACACCCCCCCUCCAUUCUCACUUCUCUCUGGAAAUGCAUAAUAAAUCUUGUUUUGCUUCAGGAUGUGUAGGGUAACCUUGUAUUAGCAAUGUAAAGUGCCUCUCCCCCAGAUUUUCGCAGCCAUGCCUUAUCAGCUAGCAGAGAAUGUGUGAGAAAUGGAGAUGUUAACAUUCCUUAGUUGCCACAGAGAUAUUAGUAACUAGCCUUUGAACCUUCAAUGCAAUUUGCAUCUUUGGGUUAUUCUUUUGAAGUUAACUGUAAUCCUGUCUUUGAAGUAACUUUUAAGAUACUAAUUAACAGUGUGACCUGUAUUACUUCCAAGGUAUCAGUCCUUGGAGCAAGUCACUGAGUUUCAAUAAAACAAGUCUUUGAUUUAAAACAAAAAAA